UUCAGAGGUUGAGAUUAGUGCAUGACUCAAGCCUGUGUCAGCCAUGACUCAGCCUCGCUCACAGCGGGCCCUUGCUCACAGCGGAAGUAGUAAAAGAUCACAUUACCGGAAGUGCAGAGAUCUGCCCUUCAGGUAUAGCCAGAUGUGGAGGCUCAGACAACUGCCAUGUUUAAUCCCUGUCUUCACCUCUUGGCUUUGUUGUGGGCCCAGCACGCUCCGUGUGGCCACAUGACUGCACUUCACAGCCCUCCACCCAAUACGACCCGUUAACUUCCUUUAGCAGCGCCAAAGAAAAAAGUUCCGAGGGGGCCCCCGAUUGGCUCUCCCCGGUCACGUGUCCCAGCGGGGCGGGGUCCUCCAGCACCGCCAGAUCCCGCUAUCCCUGUUUUCCACUCCCUCGACUGAAAAUUUAGAUCCCUGGAGGUGGCGGGAACAGGCUCGCUGGGUCAUGACGCGCAGAUUGUUCUGGUGGUGCAAGGGUUUAGUCCUUGUGGACAUGCAGUGCAUCAAGGGGAGAAUGAAAGCUGCUAGUCAGGUCGUGGGACCCAUGGUGGAGCCAUCAAAAGCCCAAACUCACAGGACGAAGAGGCAGGUCUCAGCAGGGGACUCAACACCGAGACCUAUGUUUAAGUUUUAACUCCUGCUUGCUAAGACCACGAUAAUUCCUUCUCCAAAGCCCAGCAGCCCCCCAGCCCCACGAAGCCCCAGCCUGCCGCCCACUGCCCAGCUGCCCACAAUGCCCUCCAGUGGCCCCGGGGACAACAACAGCUCCGCUCUGGAGCGGGAGGAGGACCGAAAAGAAGGAGAGGAGCAGGAGGAGCCUCGCAGCAAGGAGGAGCGCCAGGAGCCCAGCACCACAACCCGGAAGGUGGGGAGGCCUGGCCGGAAGCGCAAGCACCCGCCGGUGGAAAGCAGUGAUGCACCCAAGGAGCCCGCGACGACCUCCAAGUCCCCAUCCAUGGCCCAGGACUCAGGCUCCUCAGAGCUGUUACCCAAUGGGGACCUGGAGAAGCGGAGUGAACCCCAGCCUGAGGAGGGGAGCCCCGCUGGGGGGCAGAAGGGCGGGGCCCCAGCUGAGGGAGAGGGUGCGGCUGAGACCCCGCCAGAAGCCUCCAGAGCAGUGGAGAAUGGCUGCUGCGCACCCAAGGAGGGCCGAGGCGCCCCUGCAGAAGAGGGCAAAGAACAGAAGGAGACCAACAUCGAAUCUGUGAAAACGGAGGGCUCCCGGGGCCGGCUGCGGGGUGGCUUGGGCUGGGAGUCCAGCCUCCGCCAGCGGCCCAUGCCGCGGCUCACCUUCCAGGCCGGGGACCCCUACUACAUCAGCAAGCGCAAGCGGGACGAGUGGCUGGCGCGCUGGAAGCGGGAGGCUGAGAAGAAAGCCAAGGUAAUUGCAGUAAUGAAUGCUGUGGAAGAAAACCAGGGCUCUGGGGAGUCACAGAAGGUGGAAGAGGCCAGCCCUCCUGCCGUGCAGCAGCCCACUGACCCUGCCUCCCCCACUGUGGCCACCACACCUGAGCCUGUGGGCGCUGACGCUGGGGACAAGAAUGCCACCAAAGCAGCCGACGACGAACCGGAAUAUGAGGACGGCCGGGGCUUUGGCAUUGGGGAGCUGGUGUGGGGGAAACUGCGGGGCUUCUCCUGGUGGCCAGGCCGUAUUGUGUCUUGGUGGAUGACGGGCCGGAGUCGAGCAGCCGAAGGCACCCGCUGGGUCAUGUGGUUUGGAGAUGGCAAGUUCUCGGUGGUGUGUGUUGAGAAGCUGAUGCCGCUGAGCUCCUUCUGCAGCGCGUUUCACCAGGCUACCUACAACAAGCAGCCCAUGUACCGGAAGGCCAUCUACGAAGUCCUGCAGGUGGCCAGCAGCCGUGCAGGGAAGCUGUUCCCGGCCUGCCAUGACAAUGACGAGAGCGACACCGCUAAGGCCGUGGAGGUGCAGAACAAGCAGAUGAUCGAAUGGGCCCUCGGAGGGUUCCAGCCCUCCGGCCCCAAGGGCCUGGAGCCACCAGAAGAGGAGAAGAAUCCCUACAAGGAAGUUUACACAGACAUGUGGGUCGAGCCUGAGGCAGCUGCAUAUGCCCCCCCUCCACCAGCUAAAAAGCCAAGGAAGAGCACAACAGAGAAGCCCAAGGUUAAGGAGAUUAUUGAUGAGCGCACAAGAGAGCGGCUGGUGUACGAGGUGCGGCAGAAGUGCCGGAACAUUGAGGACAUUUGCAUAUCAUGUGGGAGCCUCAAUGUCACCCUGGAGCAUCCUCUCUUCAUUGGUGGAAUGUGCCAGAACUGCAAGAACUGCUUCCUGGAGUGUGCGUACCAGUACGAUGACGACGGCUACCAGUCCUACUGCACCAUCUGCUGCGGGGGACGCGAGGUGCUCAUGUGCGGGAACAACAACUGCUGCAGGUGCUUCUGCGUGGAGUGCGUGGAUCUCUUGGUGGGGCCUGGGGCUGCCCAGGCAGCCAUCAAGGAAGACCCCUGGAACUGCUACAUGUGCGGGCACAAGGGCACCUACGGUCUGCUGCGACGGCGUGAAGACUGGCCAUCUCGGCUCCAGAUGUUCUUCGCCAAUAACCACGACCAGGAAUUUGACCCUCCGAAGGUUUAUCCACCUGUGCCAGCCGAGAAGAGGAAGCCCAUCCGGGUGCUGUCUCUCUUUGACGGAAUUGCUACUGGGCUCCUGGUGCUGAAGGACCUGGGCAUCCAGGUGGACCGCUACAUUGCCUCAGAGGUGUGUGAAGACUCCAUUACGGUGGGCAUGGUGCGGCACCAGGGCAAGAUCAUGUACGUCGGGGACGUCCGCAGCGUCACGCAGAAGCACAUCCAGGAGUGGGGCCCAUUCGAUCUGGUGAUUGGGGGCAGUCCCUGCAAUGAUCUCUCCAUCGUCAACCCUGCCCGCAAGGGACUCUAUGAGGGCACUGGCCGGCUUUUCUUUGAGUUCUACCGCCUCCUGCAUGAUGCGCGGCCCAAAGAGGGAGAUGACCGCCCCUUCUUCUGGCUCUUUGAGAAUGUGGUGGCCAUGGGCGUUAGUGACAAGAGGGACAUCUCGCGAUUUCUCGAGUCCAACCCUGUGAUGAUUGAUGCCAAAGAAGUGUCAGCUGCACACAGGGCCCGCUACUUCUGGGGUAACCUUCCCGGUAUGAACAGGCCACUGGCAUCCACUGUGAAUGAUAAGCUGGAGCUGCAGGAGUGUCUGGAACACGGCAGGAUAGCCAAGUUCAGCAAAGUGAGGACCAUUACUACUAGGUCAAACUCCAUAAAGCAGGGCAAAGACCAGCAUUUCCCCGUCUUCAUGAAUGAGAAAGAGGACAUCUUAUGGUGCACUGAAAUGGAAAGGGUGUUUGGCUUCCCUGUCCACUAUACCGACGUCUCCAACAUGAGCCGCUUGGCGAGGCAGAGGCUGCUGGGCCGGUCCUGGAGUGUGCCAGUCAUCCGCCACCUCUUCGCUCCGCUGAAGGAAUAUUUUGCUUGUGUGUAAGGGACAUGGGGGCAAACUGAGGUAGUGACACAAAGUUAAACAAACAAACAAAAAACACAAACAAUAAAACACCAAGAACAUGAGGAUGGAGAGAAGUAUCAGCACCCAGAAGAGAAAAAGGAAUUUAAAACAAAAACCACAGAGGUGGAAAUACCGGAGGGCUUUGCCUUGUGAAAGGGUUGGACAUCAUCUCCUGAUUUUUCAAUGUUAAUCUUCAGUCCUAUUUAAAAAGCAAAAUCAAGCCCCCUCCCUACUCCCCCCUUUUUGGGUCAAACCUUUUGUUUUCUACUCUUUCAGAGGGGUUUUCUGUUUGUUUGGGUUUUUGUUUCUUGCUGUGACUGAAGCGAGAGAGUUAUUGCAGCAGAAAUCAGUAACAAAAAGUAGUAACAAUAUCUAGCAGAGGAAAGGCCAGAGAGAUGAAAAAAGGAAAUUCUAUAGAAAUCUAUAUAUUGGGUAUUUUUCUUUUUACUAUAUAUCUUUAUGUUGUUGUUGUCUCUAGCCUGAUCAGAUAGGAGCACAAGCAGGGGCAGAAAAUUAGACGCUCGGUGGCCGACUUCCCUCCCAGCCUCUGAGCUGUCUAACCAGCACCAUUCCUGGUCAUACAAACAGAACCCAACUAGCAGCAGGGAGACGAGAUCACCACACAGAUACUUUUCUACAGUAUUUCAGGUGCCUACCACACAGGAAACCUUGAAGAAAACCAGUUUCUAGAAGCCGCUGUUACCUCUUGUUUACAGUUUAUAUAUAUAUAUGAUAGAUAUGAGAUAUAUAUAUAAAAGGUACUGUUAACUACUGUACAACCUGACUUCAUAAUGGUGCUUUAAAACAGCGAGAUGAGUAAAAACAUCAGCUUCCACCUGGCCUUAUGUGCAAGGGGUUUUAACCAAGGAUGGGAAAGGGGUUCAGCUUGGAGACACCUUGCUGUCUGGUGGGGUUUCCCCCUUGGUUCUUAAUAAGCUGAAAGAGGGGAAUUGGGGAGCGGCAUUCCCCACUUCUCCCUGCCAAAUGGGGUCAGCUGGGGUGGUCAGGAGCUGGGGAGCUGAGCGUGGCGUGGAGUUCAUCUGGGCUCUUGCAGUAACCUUUGAAAUCUCUCGAAAAUGGAGACUCCCUUGGCAGAUGGCAGGGUAAGGAGUCUUCAUUCCUGAUUUCUCCUAUGAGCAGAGUCGAGGGCUCCUUGUGGUGGGAUCAGAAAUAAUCCAGAGUGCGGGAAAGUGACCGUUACAAACCCCACCUGGAGCAAAUAAAAAAACAUACAAAACGUACUGGUGCUUUCCUGUCUAAGUCGCCUUUUGUGUGUUCUUUUAUGAGGCCCCCACGAUCCUCCCCUCUGUGCACAAGGCGGCUCUGGGCCCCUGGAAUGUGAUGUUUUUGGUCAUCUCCAAAGGCUGCAGUUUUAUACUGGGAGGCUGAUGACACCUUUUAUUAUAAUUAUUCUUAUGGUUCUGGUUAUAAUUGUUUGUUUUAAGAUUUUCUUUAAGAAAACAAAAGCCCAACACCCUUCCCUUUAGGUUUCAAACCAAGGUGCGGGGAGCAGGGUGCUUCUAAGGCAGCAGUGGCUCUGGUGCCCUGGCUCCUACCCCUCGGACCAGGUGGGCCACUGGGUGGCGCAGAGACAAGCUGGGUGGCCAGGGAGUCCCCGAGGCCUGCCCUCCGGCUGUCCCUCUUCUCUUCUACUCCCCUCCUCGUGAUCAGGUGUGUCAGGGCCGGGGAGGGGCUGGAGCAGCCCCUCUCCUCGUGUGUGUGGCUGGAGUGGUGUGUGUUUAUUUUCUAGUGUUUGGUCUGAUGAUAGCUGUGCUCUUGCCUCGAGUCGGCAGCGCCUGGGCCCCACAUGCUCGCACUUUGUUCCGCUUCCCACCAGGGCUGGCAGCCCGGCACCGGCGGUGGGGCGGAUGGCGCUGUUGGCUUGGGGCUGAGAGCCCGACGGGCAGAGCUUGCCUGGGUGGAUGGGGUGUAGAUAUGUGGCAUAUAGAGAUAUAUAUUUUAUAAUGGGAGGGGGGGCGGCACCUCCUGGGCCCGGCAGAACUGGGAGGUGUGCCAUCAAGCACACGGUCCCAGGUCUGCAUCCCUACAAAGAUGGGGCCUAUGAUGAUAGGCUCUAUAUAAAUACGUAGAUAGGGUCAUGUAUAA